AUGACCAAGGAGAGCUUUUCCCCUGCUCGUUCUCUGCGUCCAGGCCUGCUCUCUGUUGCACAGCCCCAAGCAGAUAAAAGGCAGGUUUCCUUCUGGCUGUUGGAUCGGACAGGUCCUUUGCGACCCACAGCUCAAGAGCCAGAAGGCUGGUGUGGAGGGUUGCCCAAAGAAGAACUCUGGAUCUGUCCUUGUGCCUUCCCACGGAGGACUGAUUUGCAAAAACUGGCAGGCGCAGGCGUUGGGAAGGCCCAGUGCGCCUGCGCUGCCCUUUCCACUUCCGAUCAGACCGAGCAGGCAGUGGAGGCAGGAAUGCCCGGCCUGUCUGCCCGGCCCUUUCUGGAGCCCGUUACGAGCUCUCGCCGACGUUCAGCAAAAGAGAUGUUUGAGGCCUGGCAGCAGUACCAGGAAACCUGCUAUAGCAACAUGUUAGAGGAGCCCCCUCCCACAAGCUUGGUGUGCAAUCGUACAUUUGAUAUGUACGCCUGCUGGAGCGAUACUCGACCCAACACUUCCGCCAAGGUCCCCUGCCCCUGGUACCUUCCGUGGCACCAGGAAGUACAAGGUGGCUUUGUGCUCCAGAAAUGUGGUCCAGAUGGACAGUGGGUGGUGGACGAAUCGGGCCAUAUUUGGCGGGAUCAUUCCCAGUGUGAAGCCCUCAGUGAAGAGCUCCCCUUCCAGAACCACUUGUGGAUCCUGGAUCAGUUUCGGCUGAUGUACACUGUGGGCUACUCCCUUUCACUGGUAGCUCUGCUGGGAGCCUUGGUACUGUUAGCCUCUUUCAGAAAACUUCGAUGCAUCCGCAAUUACAUCCACAUCAACCUUUUCCUUUCCUUCAUGCUGCGCGCAGUCUCCAUCCUUGCCCGAGACAGCCUCCUCAACCAGAGAUAAUAUGGGAGAAUGGAGGACUUAACUUCAGUUACCUUUCUCUCUCUCCUGGAUAUUCAGGCCGCUGCUGGCUGUCGGCUGGCACAGAUUCUGACUCAGUACUGCGUUGGCGCAAAUUACUGCUGGCUUCUAGUGGAGGGCCUUUACCUCCAUAACCUGCUGGGUCUGAGGGCCUUCUCUGAAGAGAGCUACUUCCCAGGGUACUUGCUUCUUGGCUGGGGGGCCCCAGUCCUGUUUGUCAUCCCUUGGGUGAUUGUGAGAUAUCUCUACGAAAACAAUGAAUGCUGGGAGAGAAAUGACCACAUGGGCUACUGGUGGAUCAUCCGUUGCCCCAUUCUACUAGCCAUCUUUGUCAACUUCGUGAUCUUCAUCCGCAUCAUAAAGAUACUGGUAUCUAAACUCCGAGCGCAACAGAUGCAUUAUGCGGACUACAAAUUUAGGUUGGCCAAGUCAACGCUCACUCUCAUCCCGCUAUUGGGCAUCCAUGAGGUGGUCUUUGCACUGGUCACUGAUGAGCAAGCCCAGGGAACCUUGCACUACGUGAAAUACUUCUUUGAACUCUUCCUCAACUCCUUCCAGGGGCUGUUUGUGAGUGUCCUUUAUUGCUUCGUCAACAAGGAGGUCCAGUCCGAGAUCCGAAGGAAGUGGCAGAGGUGCCAGCUAGGUUCUAGACUGCUUGAGAAGCAGGGCCAAAGCUGCAACACCUGGACGUCCUGGCGCAGCCGGAGCACCAGCUGUCGCAAAAAGGACAGUACCCCCAGGCCUCCAAACUGCCCGGCGGAAAAAGAUCCCCCCAACUCAACAGGUUUGCACCAGACCCCUGCGGGUGGCAAGUCCUAUGGGUACAUCCCCGUCAGGAUGAAGACUGAAGACCGGGCAGGAGAGUUCCCUGAUGCCAAGCAGGCUCUUCCAAGCCCCCCAAAUUGCUGCUGCCUCCAGCUCCCUUCUGGUGGUCAAGAGUACUUGGGAGAAUAUUGUCAGCAUUCCAAAACAUGA